AUGGUCGCUUGCCGAUGUAUAGGACAAGGGGAAGAUUCCAACGAGUGUGGGGUGGCACUGCUUGUGCGACCGAUCACAUUGACUAGAGUGGGCGCUGACGGCGAACGGGAAGAAACUGGGAGACAUGUAUGUAUCUAUGAGGCUGUGGGAGAGAAGUUUUCGGAUUGCCACUCCGAGCUUGUUCGACUUUCGACACGACCAGCAGGGACAAAACCAGAAUAUGGGCGACACCCCUACAAUUUCACGUACAAAGUUCCUGAUCGAAUUUCUGGAGACUACUGGCGUGCAGACGGACAACGCGGAUGGAUGCAUGAUUGUGGGGAAGCCGAGUUUGAUGCGUUGCCUAAAUACAAUAUAUCAGGGCUUCGUCGGGGGGAUCUUCGGUUCCACAAACACACGACACCUGCGGAGAAGGGAGGUUACUGCAGACCGCCGGAGGGUGUGCAGUAUUACCGUGAUGAGGCAGAAGGGAGUGAUGAUGAAUGCGCGGCAUUGUAUGAUUUUGCGGCGCCAGCCGCGUCAAACCGGGGGACGCAGCAGGAUGAAAUUGCGAUCGGAAUGGACUUGUCGACGUACCUGGCAGAGAAAAUACCCCUUACUACCUACACAGAAAUUGCACUCUCACUUAGCGCAGCUUGUCUGGGUCUUUUGCUCGCGUGGUCAAUGCACAAAAAGAUCAUCACGAACAUGAAUGCUGAGCAACCGAUCAAAUAUUUCUUGGUGAGUUUGUUGAAGCUAGUUCUGUCGUAUGCGCUCGAGGCGUUACCCUUGCACAUCGCACUAGCUGAGGAGGUGCGUUGUCGUGACUGGCGGUCGCUGUUUGCUUUCAUGGAUGCGAGUGUCACGCUUGCGCACGGAUUUAAAGGAUCGCGGGGUUCGGCAAAAGACAGUUUGCUUGUGUUAACCGCUGUGGUUGGUGAGGUUGAAUUUUUGACAACGCAUGAGAUUUUUUUGGCAUGCUGUACGGCGCUAUUCGAUGUGACGGCUCUUGUCAUAUUCGGGCUGACGGUUGUGAGAAAGACAAAGCAACUCCUGGAUGAACGGAAGGCGAGGGCGAUGGUUGUCAGUAGUAGGACAAAACCCCAUUCGUCUUCCGUGCGCACGGAGGGUGGUCUGAUUAGAGCUCGGCGGCGCAAAAUAAUUAUCAAGUCGGCGAAUUGGGAGCUUGCCUUGGGGAGACUCAUGAAGUACAAAUUUCACAAUGUCAGGUGGUUGUAA